UCCGAACAAAAAGAUAGAUACGCUACUGCUGCUGUGGAGGCUGGAGACUCAGUGACCAAAAUUCGGUGUUCAAGUAUCCCUUGAGCUCGAAAAAGAGAGGAAAAGAAAAAAUUGGGACAGAGUUAAGGAAGAUAUUCAGGAAAUAUGCCGAAAAAAAUGGGAGUUAAUAGCAAAGCCGAAGCCGCUAGGGCUCGAAAGAGCGCCGUGGAGGCCGAUCGCAAAGAUCGCGAGGCUCAUGAGAAGGAAGAGCAGUACUGGCGAGAUGCCGAAGGCGCCAAGUCUCGCGCUGCCAAGAAGCGCGAGGAGGAGGCCGAGAAACGGGCCGAGGUUGCAGCUCGCAAAGCCGAGGCCCGCCGGUUGGCCGAGGAGGAGGAGAAGGAUCUCGAGAAGGCUUUGAAGAAGCCAGAUAAGAAGGCCAAUCGCGUCUCCGUUCCCGUCCCCAAGGUCACCGAGGUCGAGCUACGGCGGCGGAGGGAGGAGGAGCAGGCUGCCAUUGAGAAGAGAGCUGAGGAGGAGAAGCGGAAGAAUAGCCGUACAGCGGCCGAGGAGGAGUACGAGAGGAUGGUUCUUGUGGAGAACACCAAUCGUGACGAUUCCAUCAUUGAGGCGAGCACAAUUGAGGAAGCCAUUGCUCAGAUGACCGUUGCCGAUAAUUUGCCAGUUGAUAAGCAUCCAGAAAGGAGGCUCAAGGCUUCAUUUAAGGCUUUUGAAGAAGCUGAGCUUCCUAGGCUGAAGGAAGAUAAACCAGGUCUUACACACACGCAGUACAAAGACAUGAUCUGGAAACUUUGGAAGAAAUCUCCUGACAACCCUCUUAACCAGGUUGCUGACAAGCCUUGAGAAUGCAUUGCUGCUGAGAAGCAAGUUGAUAUCCUAAAAGUUGUCUUCUGCAAAGGGUUUUGCAGUGCAUGUUCAAAAUGGAGUAUAUAAUUCCUGCAGAGUCUGUUUCUUUGCAUUUCUGUAAUACAAUGUGCAGCUUCUUGUUCGUCUCGGUGCAAUCUGAUUUCAAGUAGUGGUGUUACUAAUAGAACUUAGAAAGAGAAAUGAGGAUUGCUGUCGUAAAUUAGUACAAUAAGCAUCCUGAAAUCAUUUUGGACAUUAAGCAAAAAAUCAUUUUCCCUUGCUAUUCUUUGUUAUUAUACCCCCUUUAUUUGUCCUUGUUUUGUGAACAAGGAUUA